ACGUCGCCGCCGCGGCUCACAGGCGGACUCGCUGCGUCUGUAUGCGUGUCUCCAGCUAGGCCAGAGAGUGAUGGCGGCGCCCGUCCUGAGAGUGUCCACCCCUCGGUGGGAGAGAAUAGCCCGGCUCCUCGUCUGCCUGCUGGGCAUCCUGCUGUCCCUCUAUGCGUUUCACGUCGAGCGGGAGAAAGCUCGGGAUCCGAGUUUUAAGGCCAUGUGCGACGUCAGCAGCUCCAUCAGCUGCUCCAAAGUCUUCAGCUCCAGGUGGGGUAAAGGAUUCGGACUCUUGGGCUCCAUUUUUGGGAACGACAGUGCACUGAACCAACCCAACAGUGUCUACGGGAUCGUCUUUUAUGCCUUUCAGCUCCUUUUAGGGAUGACUGUCAGUGCAAUGGCCGCCCUAAUUCUCAUGACGACGUCCAUCUUGUCGGUGGUGGGCUCCCUCUACCUGGGCUACAUCCUCUACUUUGUCCUAAAGGACUUCUGCAUCAUCUGCGUCACCACAUACGCGCUGAACUUCAUUCUCUUUAUCCUCAACUACAAGCGACUGGUUUACUUGAACGAGGCCUGGAAGCAGCAGCUGCAGGCCAAGCAGGACUAAAGCUGCUGAGAACGGCGAGGAAAAACACCACAAACGAAGAAAAAGAAAAGAAGAGAGAGAGAGAGAGAGAGAGAGAGAGAUAAAGAGAGAAAUGUGACCUCUUGAACAUUUGACUUGCCACCAGGAGACCUUGCUUCCAAACAAUGUUUAUUCUGCUGUGUGUUCGAGAAAAAAAAAAACAACAAAAAAAUGAAGAAAUUUAACUUAAAUGUUGGGUCUGACAUCUCAAUGUUGAUUACAAACAUGGAAGGAUUUGUAAGUGGAAGAGGUUUAGUUUUUCUUUGAAUUUCUUUCUCCUUGUUUAAUGUACUCACUUAAGGAAAGGAGCUGGCUGUGUGUGUUUGUGUGUGUGUGUGUGGGUAUGAAUGAGUGUGUGAUUGAGAAGUUUUGGGGAGGGGAGAACUGCCUAAGUGAGCAGAAGCAGAAGGCCACACAAACACGGCGGCGGCGGCGGAGGAUAGAGGACGGCUCUCAUUUUGAACAAAGAGGAGGAGGAGACGGGACAUUCUGAAGCGGUUUACUUGAAAAAGGUUAUCGAGCUCCUGUUACUGCACAGCGACUCUGCACUAAACACUCGGCGCCGAACGACGGGUCCCACAAUUAGAAACACUCAGCAGGGCGCGGUACAGCCGGUAGGGGGGCGGGGCGGGGCGGGGCGGGAGGAGGGCGGCGGAACGAUUAACAUUCACACACGGUAGAUGUUUUUUCCUUCAUGUUUACACUUUGUAGGAGGUUUAACUUUUUCUGUUUUGAAGAGGACCACUAAAACUUCAACACGGGACGGUGUGAGACGACGAUGACGAGGAUGAUGACGACGGUGAUGUGUAGACCAGUCGAGAUCGUUUGUUUUGCAAUUCUGUAAAUAGCUGCUGAGCAAUAUUCCAGGCUAGAUCGUGAUUUAGUUUCGACACAAAAGGAAAAAAUUUUAAAUAGUCCAAAAAAAAAGAAGAAAUCGAUACAGACGACAUGAAAUGGGAAGAAAAAAAACUGUAAAUCUGGAACAAAAACAAAUCUGAUGAAGGUCACGGUGGAGUGAGUCGAUGAUGAGGAGGAUGCGCUGCGCUGCGCUGCGCUGCGGGCGUCUCCUGUGGGGUCACAGAGGUCAGGCAUGCAGGUUUCAUCUGAGGCCACAAACUGAACUGCAGGUUCUUUUCACCACAUCGAGGCACUCACCUUCAUUUUCCUAGUUGUGUGAAAAAGCAUUCCUGACCACCACACACGUGGGAUCCAUAAAGACUUAUGUGCCUAAAGGAGUGUUAAGGUGAAUUUUUGUUUUUUUUAACAUUUGGAUGUGGGGGAGAGUUUCGUCAUGUUAACACCAAUUUCCUCCUUUUUUUUUUUUUUUUUGUCACAGGUCCAAGGCUUUAUUUUUAUGAUCCAAUUUUUUUCUCUCUUUGUAAUAUACCAGUAAAGUGUUUCUCCCUUCUUUCUCCCUUUUUUUUUUUUUUUUUUUUUUUUUAAAUAGUCUCAUGAGGUAGCAAAAGGCUGCUACACUGUGAUUGUCUGCGGAGGCGUUUCUUAUCUCGUUCAUUUUCACCUGACUUUUCGUAUACAUGUGAUGUCAACUGAACGGUGACGGUGAUCCUACCAAGCUGAGUUACGGUUCAUUUUGCAGGAAUGUGAACAAAGACGUGGAAACGUGUCGCUCUUCGCGGGGCAAGCAGAAGCGUCACAAAGAUGUAAGCUUCUGUAAAAAAAACAAAACAAAGAAAACAAAAAAAAAAAAACAACUAAAAUCUGUGUUAAGCCAUAUGUGGAGUCUGUGGGUUCUUUUAUUUAUUUGCUGGUCGCUGAUUGGUUUUCGGUCGCGUGGUGGGGCGGGGUUGGACACAGAUCAGUCGGGAAUCGAUCGCAGGACCGUCGUCCCCUCAGUCCACUGUUCACCCAUCAGAGAACCUGUGAGAUGCGUGGCAAACUCUCCUCUGGCUUUACAUCCGACGGAGGCCAUCGGACAGUCUUCCACGCCGGCCGUAAAUUCUAACAAUGUGAGAAACGAGUUAACAGCUUCCAUUCAGCUUUUAGCCGACCUCAGGUGCUCCGUUUCAUUCGAUGAGGAAUUCCUUUUGUCUGUAGCUCUCUUCACUCUUCCCUAAACGAACCACUCUCCUCUCUGUGGGACGGUUUUAACUAAACCCUGAACGGCGGUGGGGUCUGACGUACCAGCCGCCACGUCCGUGUCUGUCCACUGGGUUUAAUUAAAUGAUGUUGAGCCUUAAAGCUAAAAGUGAACAUCUGAUGCAUCUCAGAUUUUGUAAUUAAAAAAAAAAGGGAUCUGAAAGCAACAGACUUGCAUGUCUUACACCGUUAAUGACUAUUUCAUCCUUUUUCAUGAGGAAAAAAAAAGUGAAUCAGUGGCUGUCAGGAAGUGAAAACAGCUUUGAAACGGCAAAAAAACAGAGAAAUUGUGUGAAAUCACACUAGAGUCUGAGAUCAAAAUUAAACAGUUGUCUUUUAAAUUGAACCAAAAUGUUGGAAUUUGGAGAACUGCACUCAAACAUUAAGCACUUAGAUUGUUCUCUGUCAUUUAGCCGACUCUCCUUGAUGUCAACACCUUUUAAAGCAUGAAAACAAAAACUAAAAGGACCGGGUCCUUUAAGGAACUUCCUGUUUCUGAACCAGUCCUGUUGUAUCUUUAGUUAAACCAGGUCAGCCUUACAUCAGGUUGUUUUUUUUUGUUUUAAUCUCAGAAGGAGAUUUCCAGCCUCCACACAGUUUCUUUGGAUUUAGUUGCACAAAUAAAUGUUUCUUUCUCAAAAUCCUGUGACGAAAGCGGCGAGCGCUCAUCAUUCGGGUCCAUUCGGUCAUGUUUGGCCUCUUCCACUGAAAGUGAGAAAUUCCUGGGAUGUUUUAGUGAAAUAUCCAAACCAGAAGUUCAGAAGCGAUUGAUUAAUGCAUCCUCAUGAACAUUUAUUUUUAAGCCCUGAGGUGGAACUGCCAUCUUAGUCGCAUCACCAACGCCAACAAAAGUGCCUUUCUGUUUGAUCACCCGGCCUCGAGCCAAAGACGAGCGGCAGCCUUGAAAAACUAAAGAAUGGCAGAACUGCAACGGGCACUUUUGCUUGCCCCCCCUUAAAGGUGUAACCUGACAAAAAAAAAUUGGCGAUUCCCAAAGAUCUGAUGUCCAGUAGGAGUGAAAAUUCAGAAGCUCGCCAGACAAAAUGCCCCGUCGAAUCAAUGACCGUUCCUUUUUUUUUUUUUUCUAUCCUCAACUCCACUAAUUAUCUUUAUUUGUCUAGCUAGGACAUGUUUGUUAGCUAGGAAAACACUCUGUCCCGAUGAUGAGAUUGUAAUGUUUUCAUCAUUAAUUAUGCCCUUUAGCUGUCUAGACUGUUAACACUCUGGGUUAUUUUAGUAAAUAAAAAAAAUUAA